GAUUGAUUGACCCUGCCAAUUGCCGAGGCCCUCAUUCCCCUCCACCGGCACCGUCAGAAGCACGUCCCGCCAGCAACGCUGUCGUCUUUGGAUCGAGAUCCAUGCCCGGUGGCCAUCAACAAGAGAAGACUGAGUGAGCCAUGGAUCUGGCCAUGGGGGCCAUGAGCUCCCUCCUUGGCAAACUGGGCGAGGUUAUCAAGGAGUAUAAGCUACAGAAGGGAGUUAAGAAAAAGGUCAGGUCCUUCUCUGCCCAGCUGAUGAUUGUGCGCGCUGCUCUUGGCAAGGUGGCAGAGGUGCCGCAGGAUGAGCUCGACGAUCAGAUCAAGUUUUGGGCUAAUGAUGUUAGGGAGCUGUCUUACGACAUGGAGGAUGUCGUUGACUCUCUCCUGGUGCGUGUUGAGGGCUGCGAGCCCAAUGAUAAUCAGGCCAGCUUCAAGAAGCUCAUGGCCAAGAUGGUAAACGUGUUUAAAAAGGGCAAGGCUCGCAGUGAGAUUUCCACAGCAGUCGAAGAGAUCCACAAGCAGUUGCAAGAUGUCACCACCCGACAUAAAAUGUUUGAUUUUGUUAACCUACCUGCAGCAAAAAGGACCACCGCUGACCCUUUCUGGGAGGUUUUCUAUGGAGAUAAGAAGAAUAUCAUUGGCCUCGAUAAAGCAAGGGACGAUAUUAUCAAGAAGAUCAGUGACGGCGACCGUGUGUCCAAGGCGCAUCUCAAGAUACUCUCACUUGUUGGAUUUGGAGGAUUGGGCAAGACUACACUUGCCCGAGAAGUAUAUGAUGCCCUUCCAACAAAAUUUGAUUACAAAGCUUUUGUGACUGUGUCUCAGAAUCCCGACAUGAAGAAAGUAUUAAGCAAUCUUCUCUUUAAACUUGACAAGGGGAAAAAUACCAGUCUUCAUGUAAAUGCAGCAAACUUGGAGGUAGAGCAGCUCUUCAUGCUAGUCCGUGAAUUACUUCGCGAUAAAAGGUACUUUAUCAUUAUCGAUGAUCUAUGGGAUAAAGAAGCAUGGAAAACAAUCAGAUAUGCACUUCAGGACGACAAAUGUGGAAGUAUAAUAAUUACUACAACCCGCCAUGUCGAGAUCUCUGAAGAAUGUUCGUCUUCUAAAGAGGAUAUGAUUCAUCAGAUGAAACGUCUCUCUUAUGAUGACGCCCAGAAACUUUUCUAUGGAAGAAUAUUUUCAAGUGAGGUGUGUCGUUCUGGAUUCGAGGAUGUAUCUAGAAAGAUCUUGAAGAAAUGUGCUGGGGUACCAUUAGCCAUCAUCAGUCUGGCUAGUUAUUUGGCUAAUGAUCAAAGGAUCUACCAAAUUGAGCAAUGGUAUGUUUUGCUCAACUCUAUUGGCCGUGGACUUAAAAAAGGUGAUGAUCAUGUAAAGGAGAUGAAGAGGAUAUUAUCAUUGAGCUUUUAUGCCCUCCCUCCUUAUUUGAAGACUUGCUUUUUAUAUCUAAGUAUCUUUCCAGAAGACCAUAAAAUUAGCAGAGAUCGGUUGAUAAGAAGAUGGAUUUCUGAAGGCUUUAUCCAAGUAAAAGAUGAAACUGAUAGCCAGCUUGAGCUUGGAGAUAGCUACUUCAACGAGCUAGUAAACAGAAACAUGAUCAUGCCGAUAAACAUACAUGCUGAUGGUAGGGUUGAAGCUUGUUCCAUACAUGAUAUCAUGCUGGAUCUUAUAUAUGAAUUAGCAAGUGGAGAGAACUUUGUUACUAUACUGGAUGUUAUCAAGGAAGACACACCUUUGGAAAAGAAGUUCCGCAGAUUGUCCCUCCAGAAGAGCAUGACAGGUCUCACCAAUGCUCAUAUGGCUACCACAAGCAUGUCACAAGUGAGGUCUUUUACGGCUUUUAGUCCUGCUGUUAGUAAGAUCCCCCCUCUCUCUGUAUUUCAAGUUUUACGUGUAUUGGAUCUGGAAGGUUGUGAUCUUCGAAGAAGUCCUGGUGUGGACCUUAGGCAUGUUCAAAACCUGUUACAUUUGAGAUACCUUGGGUUGAGGGGCACAAAGGUUGGCAAGCUCCCUAUGGGAAUAGGAAAGCUACAGUUUUUGCAGACACUAGACUUGCAAUUGAGCAAUUCAAAAGAAUUGCCGUCCAGUGUUGUUCAGCUGAGGCGUUUGAUGUGCCUAAUCCUUGAUUCAGAUAUGCCACUUCCGAAAGGGUUCAGCAACCUGACAUGCCUUGAACAGCUGAUGGGGCACAAUAUGGGCUUUCUUUCUGAAGAAACCGCAAAAGAGCUGGGCCAUAUGACCAGGCUAAAAGAGCUCGCCUUUAGAUUGGAUUCAAGGGAUAUUGAGCGAACUGAUAAAGCUAGUAAAGCUUUGAUUGGAUCCCUAGCCAAGCUAAACAAACUCGAGAGCCUGGAGAUCUCCGCUCCUGGUCGUUGGUUUGAGUACUUCAUGAGGGCUUGGGUGCCGUCACCAAACCUAUGCAGGCUUAAAUUGUACGGACUUUUCGUGAGCUUUCCUACAUGGAUUUGUUCUUCGUCGCUUCCGCUACUAUCCUAUCUUGAUCUAACUGUCCUUCAAGUGCAAUCCGGGGAUAUCCAGAUCCUUGGGGUGCUGCCAGCUCUCCGUUAUGUCAAUCUCGACGCAGCCAUAACAAAAGUAGUGGCGGGGAAGUUAGUGGUUAGCGCCGGUGCCUUCCCGGAGGCGAGAGUAUGCCUUCUCCGCAGAAUUGUACUGGUGAACCCAACGUUCCAACAAGGAGCCAUGCCCAUGGUUCAGCGCCUUCGCUUUGGUGUCCAAGUGAAGGACAUUGUCAGUCCUGAUUUUGAUUUGAGCGUAGGGAAUCUUCCUUCGCUACAGCAACUCAGAAUUGACCUUCUCGGUGAUAAAGUCAAACCUGAGCAUUUUUCUCAAGCCGUCGAGGCGCUGAGCCGUGUGGCGGAGGGCCAUCCCAAAAGUCCCACCCUUCGUGCCGAUAAAUACUGACAUGAUGGAGAGACCAAAUCGAGCCAAGCAAUGAACAAAAUCCAGUGUCCAGGUACCCAUUCCAUCUAGUUGUUUUCUCUUUAGCCCUCCACUGUCUGUUUACUUCACCACACCAUCAAGAAGACACAAUAUGAACUGCAUGUGAUUCUGUGUCUGCCUUUGAUUUGAGCUAGCAGGAGGUGGUUCUGUCGGCAACGAUUCUAUCGCACAUACCGCCAUCUUCCAAGCACUUCUGCAUGUUCAGUUUAUGUUCCUUCCAUGUCAUCGAGAAGAAGUUCUGUGCGCUUCUGCAUGUACUGUCCAUUUGGUGAACCAUCUGGUUUGUUCAGUGUGUAACAAGGCUAGUUUGGCGGCGUGCCAGGUUUUUUGUCCCUAAGGUUAUGUUCCUGAAGAAUCUAACUAGAGGGUUUUCCUUGUGUGCGUCGAACUCAACGGACCUAUUUCCA